UUAAUGCGAUGACUACUUGUUGAACUAUACAUUCGUUAUAUGCAAACAAACCAAACAUAAAGUGGUUGUAUAAAAUAAAUUUACCCGGGUCUCUGAGAUUCUCCUGUAGCAGACGAAUACAGAAAUCCGUUCUUUAUUCUCAUCAUGUUGCCAACGUAAACUAAAAUCAGGUGAAAAUUCUCUGCUUCAAACAUGAUAACAUGAUGGAGGAGGUAAAUCCAGACAUUCCAGCCAGCUCAGGCUUUUCAUCACCUCAAAAAAGGGUGUUCAAGAUUAUUGUAGUUGGAAAUUCAGCUGUUGGAAAAACCUGCUUAACUUACAGAUUUUGUGAAGGAAGAUUUCCAGGGAGAACAGAAGCAACAAUUGGAGUAGACUUUAGGGAGAGGGUGUUAGAUGUUGAUGGAGAGCAGUUAAAAUUGCAGUUGUGGGACACAGCUGGACAGGAAAGAUUUAGGAGAUCAAUGGUGCAUCACUAUUAUAGAAAUGUCAAUGCCGUGGUUUUUGUUUAUGAUGUCACCAAUUCUCAUUCAUUUGAGUCUUUAUCCAGCUGGAUUGAGGAAUGUAAUGAUCAUCAACUUACCACUAAAAUACCAAGAAUCCUGGUUGGAAACAAAUGUGAUUGCCGAGAAACUCAAGUGGUCAAUACUAAUAGAGCCCAAAUGUUUGCUGAUAUGCAUAACAUGCCACUUUUUGAAACAUCAGCUAAAGAUGACAGCCAAGCAAAUCAUGUUGAAUCAAUUUUUCUGACCUUGGCCCAUAAACUAAAAAAUUCCCGACCAAUGAUGCCGGUUCAGAUGUCACAGUGGGAUAAUGAAAGUUCGCGUUCUCUCUUUGGUGAAGAAGCUCAGAAUGUUCAGUUACGGACUGGUUUGACAUGUAGACCUACGACGGUCAACGAUUCAUGCUUCGGAUGUUGACCUAUGAAUUCCAAAAUGUUGCCGACCAAAUUUUAAAAAGCAAGGAAUGAAUUUACUUGUGAUAAAUAUACAUAGGACUAUUUUAGAAAGUGGAAAAUGUAAAGUAUUUCUUGUACUAAAUUGUUCAUAAAAUAAAUGUGAACAUCCCAU